AUGGGGCUGACGGGAACUAGUCGCGAAGCACAACACCGCCAACAGCUGCUGGGUGGUGCUCUAUGGAAAGGUGUACGAUGCGCAAACAUUAUCCUCAACCUAGCCGGGAAAGACGCCACGGAGGAAUAUGACCCCAUCCACCCCAGCGGGACACUGGAAGAGAAUCUACAGCCGGAAGCUUGCCUCGGAACGGUUGACCCGGCCACGCUUCACAAAUUGACACCGAAGAAAGCCCCAGAGCCCCCGAAGACGACGGAAGGUCGGCUGCCGCUGUCAUCGCUUCUGAACCUGGACGAUGUCGAGAAGGCGGCCACGAGCCAGAUCAGUAGAAAGGCAUGGGGAUAUUACUAUUCCGCCGCUGACGAUCUCAUCUCCAAGAGUUUGAAUAAUACCGUAUAUCGCUCCAUUCUCCUCCGCCCGAGGGUCUUCAUCGAUUGCAGAAAAUGCGACCUGACCACGACACUUCUCGGGCACAAGCUCUCUUCCCCAGUUUACGUCUCCCCAGCCGCCAUGGCCCGUCUCGCCCAUCCGGUUGGCGAAGCAGGUAUCGCCGCGGCUUGCUCUGAGUUCGGGACAAUGCAGAUAAUCUCCAACAAUGCCUCCAUGACGCCGGAAGAAAUAGUCAAAAACGCAACUCCAGAUCAAGUCUUUGGAUGGCAGCUGUACGUACAAACAGAGAAGCGCAAAAGUGAAGCAAUGCUGGCCCGGAUCAAGAAGCUCAAAGCGAUCAAGUUCAUUUGCCUGACACUUGAUGCCCCCGUGCCAACCAAGAGAGAAGACGACGAGCGAACCAAGUAUAUCCUUAAUACCGAUGACACAUCCGAUAUGCUCCGAAACGCUGGUGCCAGCUCAAUUUCGACACGGGGCGGAGGGAUCGGCGAGCAGUUGUUCGGCGGCACCGAUGCAUCUCUAACGUGGAAAACCACACUUCCGUGGCUGGCAAAACAUACCGAUCUUCCGAUUAUCCUCAAGGGUAUCCAGACGCAUGAAGAUGCAUACGUAGCGUCCUUGCAUGCUCCUCAAGUCAAAGGCAUCAUCCUCUCAAAUCACGGCGGUAGAUCCAUGGACACGGCGCCUCCCGCGAUACAUACCUUGCUCGAAAUCCGCAAAUUCUGCCCCGAAGUUUUUGAUAGCCUGGAAGUAUGGGUCGAUGGUGGCAUCAGGCGUGGAACGGACGUUGUCAAGGCCCUGUGUCUAGGUGCAAAGGCCGUGGGAAUUGGCAGAGCAGCCCUUUUCGGCCUUGGGGCUGGUGGAACCGACGGCGUUAAGAGAGUAUUGCAGAUCUUGAAGCAAGAGACCAAGACAGCCAUGCGCCUGUUAGGGGUAGAAAAGGUCGAAGAUCUGGGGAUGCAGCAUGUCAAUGCCCGUGCCGUAGAGCGGUUUAUCUAUGACGGUCCAGCUGGUUUGGAUGUUCUCGGCACUCUUCUAAAAGCCAAGAUGUGA